AUGUUAAAAUUAAGAGAAGCCAUUUUUGCUUUCAAAUGCUUGAAGGGGUUGGCACCAUUGUAUUUGUGUGAGAAGCUCCAUGUCAGGUCAGAUGUUCAUGGCGUUAUCACAAGGCAAAAGAACAUUUUGGAUAUACCAAUGUACAGAUCAGCUGCGGGUCAACGAACAUUUCACUAUAGGGCUGUGUCCUUGUGGAAUUCUCUGCCUCAGUCUCUUAAGAACAUUGAUACUUGGACUCAAUUUAAAGUAGAAUACAAACGUAUGUUGUUAGAAGAAUUUUUAACUGAAAGUGGUGUUUAACAGAUUUAUAGAAUAUUUUAGAACUAUAGCCUAUGUUAUACCUUAGGUCAAAACUCAAAAUUCAUUUUUAGAUACUUUUAUAGAUAUAGAAUUUCAUAUUUGUAAAUAGAUCCUGAAAAGCCCAAUUGGGAGUAUCUAAUAUUGUAUAAUAAUAAUAAUAAUAAUAAUAAUAAUAAUAAUAAUGUAUUUAAUCUUAAUUUAUAGGCCCUGUGAGUUCAUAUCUGGAAUAAAAUAAUGGCAGAUCGACAGAUUGAAAUAUCACUGACAAGGAGUGUCAAACAAGUUCAGGAGAACUGAAACUGGAUGUUCUCAGGAUGAAAAAGAAAUUGUUGACUAGCUUUAAUUGAAUGACCAUUAAUUAUCAUCGUUUUCAAAAACUUGUGGUACAGUAGAUGGAGUUGCAUCUUCCUGGGCACCUGUAACAUCUGGUGUGCCACAAGGAAGUAUCGUAGGACCUGUUCUGUUUGCGAUCUUUAUAAACGAUCUUCCAAAUGUACUACCAGACAAGACCUCGGCAGCAUUGUAUGCAGAUGACACCAAAGUGUACAAAUCAAUUAAAUCGGAAAAUGACUGUCAAAUUGUGCAACACGCCUUGGCCAGCUUUGAAUGUUGGAGUCAUGAAAACAACCUAGAUUUCAACCAGUCGAAAUGUAAGGUGUUGACAAUCACACGAAAAAAGACUCCCCUCGUGUAUAUCUACCACAUUAAUUAGAAGGAACUCUUGCGUGUGGAUAAAGAGAAAGACCUUGGUGUUUGCGUCAGUGCCAACUUCAAUUGGGAUGUUCACGUCCACACAGUCACGGGUAAGGCUAACAAGAUUCACGGCAUGCUUAAACGAACUUGCCCUCUUUUGAGAGACAAAACAGUACAACGAACGCUGUAUCGCUUGUUAGAUCUCAACUAUGUUACGCUAGUGAAGUCUGGUCUCCACACACUGUCAAACUCAAGUCUAGAGUCGAAAGCGUCCAAAGAAGAGCCACCGCGUGGAUACUACAAUCCAAGCAUGGCGAAAUGA